CCCGCAAGAUGGAGACCCCACGAGGCAGCAAUGAUAUGAUAUCGCUCGCGCCCUUCGGGCCCGCUCGCCAGUCACCGGCGUGUGGGAGAGAAGAGAGAGAGACCACCUCCUCCGCUCUCUCUCUCUUACUCUGACUCGCCCGCUCCGGUUCGCCGCUCCGCCAUCGCCGGCGAUCACUCCACUCCGGCAACGCCGCGUCUCCGACGAUCCCACCGACGCCGGGCCCCGCGACCCCAUUCCUCCGAUUGCCUCCUCACGUCUUGCGGUUCUCCCCCGGCGAGGGUACGUGCUCUUGCCCAGAUCCGCCCCGCCUCCCCGCGCCCCGCCACGCGCGCCGAUCGGCAAGCUGCGUAGGCUUCGCUACCGCUGCUGCGCGAGCGAGCGUCGCAGCCGUCGAUCCGCGCGCCCGCCAUGGACGACUUCCAGGGCCUGCUGGCCCGCGACUUCGGCCUCCGCCCGCAGGGGAAGGCCGCGCCCAUGUCGGCCGCCCGCUCCUCGAGUCCCUCCGGAUCCGCCUGGACCAAUACCAGAUCCGCCGUGGGGUCCGCCGCUCCCUCCGCGCCCUCCUACGACGAGCUCUUCGGGUCCGCCCCGCCGCCGCCGCCCAAGGCCACGCCGUCGCUCGAUAACAUCUUCAACUCGUUCAAGGAGCCCGCUUCCACCGCGCCGCCGCCUAAGCCGAAGCACUCUUCCGCGCCGGUGUUCGACAAGCCGGUCUACGAUGAUGACAUCUUCAUCGGGGUCCCUGGGGUUAAGAGCUCCUCGGUGCCCUAUGACGAUGUGUUCGGUGGAAGCCAGAGCCGCGAGGCGCCCCCCGCAUUCGAUGACCUGCUCGGUGGAUUUGGUAAGAGCUCACAGGUGAGGGAAGAGGUGGAUGACAAGAGGAAACCAGAGGCACCUACGGCUGUGGCGGCUACUGGGUUCGAUUAUUUGAUCCCAAGCUUUGGCGGGAGAAGCUCCCCGCGGCAAAGGGAUGCUAUUGGUGCAAAACAAAAGAAAGUUUCCAUGUCGACAUCUAAGCAAUCAGCUAGCUUAAGCGACCCCUUCGUUGUUCUCGAAACAACUUCAUCCUCAGCCCAUCCAUUCGCAGAUCCCUUGGAUGAAUCCGGUAAAGCUGCAAAAUAUCAAGGGAAAAACCGUGAAAGUACUAGCGUUGGGAGCAGUCUGUUUGAGGAUUCAAGCACUUUCAACCAGGCUCCAAAAUUUGAACCUUUUUUUACCCCAGAGGUGGACAAUGGAUCGAAAGAUAGGAAUGAGUCAAGCAGAGCCCAAAACUCAAACCCUGUACAGGAUUUUUCUAAAAGAAACUCCUCCCAACAACCUUCUGUUGAGGAUUUUGAAAAUAUCUUUCCUAAGUCACAGUCUGCCAGAUAUUCUGAUGUCCAUGUUGACAUUGGCUCAGAGAAAUAUAGUGGGAAUGGUAUAAAUGAUCAGUCACCUAGAUCUGAUGAAUCCGAAGAUGAGAUAUGGCUUACAGCUUCUGAGAUUCCCCUCUUCACACAGCCAACUAGUGCCCCACCACCUUCAAGGCCACCGCCACCUCUUGCAGUUAAGCAAAAACAUGGAUCAAGAUCAACAAGAAAAGAUGAACAUCUGCGGCGGUCUAGGAAAAACAAUGACCAUCAAAGGAGUUUCUCAAAUCAGGCUGGUGUUUCUACAGUAGAUGGACUAGAAGAUUUUACCAUGGGUAAGUCUCAGAAUGUGCAUACGUUUAAUGAGGAAGAAUUUGAGAGAAGUACGGCAGCAGCGGCUAUGAAAGAGGCUAUGGAUAAAGCUGAGGCAAAGUUCAAACAUGCCAAGGAAGUACGAGAGAGAGAGCGUGAUGCAAAGCUUAGAAAUAGAGAACAACAGGAACGAGAUAAUGUAAUAAGGUCGUAUGCCCAGGAUCGUGAGGACAAAGAGAGAAAUGAAAGACUAGAACAAGAAAGAGAGAUGAAGCAAAAAGAGGAAAAGGAAAGAGAGCAACGAAGACUUGAAGAGGAGAGAGAACUUGAGCGACAUAGAGAAAGAGAAAGAGCUAGGCAAGCAGUGGAGAGGGCUACAAAGGAGGCACGAGAAAGGGCAGCUUCUGAAGCUCGUGCAAAAGCAGAGAGGGAGGCACGGAAACGUUCAGAACGUGCUGCUGUGCAAAGAGCCCAACAGGAAGCACGUGAGAGGGCAGCAGCGGAUGCUAAAGAUCGAGCAGAGAGGGCUACUGCAGAAGCAAACGAAAGGGCUGCUACUGAAGCUAAGGAGAAAGCUGCUAGUCAAGCGAGGGAUAGGGCUGCAGCAGAAAAAGCUGCUGUGGAGAGAGCUCAGCAAGAAGUGAGGAAGAGAGCUGAACGAGCAGCAGUGGAAAGGGCUGCUGCUGAGGCUCGGGAAAGACAGGCUGCUGCUGCUGCAGCUGCAAGAGAAAAAACAAGCAAACCAGAUGAUCUAGAAUCCUUAUUUGGUAUGGGUGCCCGAGCUAAUAGUGCUCCGAAGCAAAGGGCUCCAACUGUGGAUUCUAUGUUUGAUUCUCAAACGCAAAAUAGAGGGACUUCCACUUCGACAUCAAUGAAAAAGGCAUCAUCAACAGCAAAUGUUGCUGAUGACUUGUCUGCAUUAUUUGGAGGAGCUCCUACGUCAUCAAAUGAAUUUCAAGAAGUUGAUGGGGAGAGCGAAGAAAGAAGACGUGCUAGGUUGGAACGGCAUCAAAGAACUCGUGAACGAGCGGCAAAGGCUUUGGCUGAGAAGAAUGAACGUGACAUGCAGCAACAAAGGGACCAGGCUGAGAGACAUAGGCUUGCGGAAACACUGGACUUCGAGAUUAAGCGCUGGGCUGCUGGAAAAGAAGGCAAUUUGCGUGCAUUGCUAUCAACUUUACAAUAUGUUCUUUGGCCAGAAUGUGGAUGGCAACCUGUAUCCCUUACCGAUUUGAUCACUGCUGCUGCUGUUAAAAAAGUGUACAGAAAAGCAACGUUGUGUAUCCAUCCUGACAAGGUGCAGCAAAAGGGUGCAAAUCUCCAACAGAAAUAUAUCGCUGAGAAGGUUUUUGAUCUCCUUAAGGAGGCGUGGAACAAAUUCAACUCUGAAGAGCUCUUCUAAACAGCCUCAUGACUGAACAUAGCAUGACCCAUCAGGGUCUGCACAAGGUACUCUGGGAAGGAACUCACAAGCUGGAGCAGCCUGAGGUUGGUCGGGGGGGAAGGGGAACCAUGAAGCGACCAAGCGAAACCUGAACUAUGGUUAUAAUCACAGUUGUUUUGUUUCACUCCCCCAAUUUUCUUUCCCAACUAUCUGUUGAUUGGAUGACAACUCACAGCGACAUGUGGCAGCUGCCCAAGCUGAACCUCAUCCAGUAGGUGCACAUUAGUGCCCUGUUUUGUACUGUUUGUCCUCGGCUGUAUGUACCGUCAGAGCUGAGGCUUCUGAGGUCAGCGUUGUGAUUUUGGAUUAGGUACAGGGCUUAUUUACCAUGGAGAGAAUGAAAACAAUAGAGAUGACCCAUAAUAAUAGAUUGAUUGAUUAGAGAGAUCUAUCUAUAUUUUUAUAUAAAUAUAUAGGGGAGAUUUCGUGGCUUAUGAAAACAGAACCAAACGAGAUAUUUCCUUAUCUCUGUAACCGUAUAUAAGGGCUGGCCGGCUAUAUCUAUUAUGUACA